AUGCUUCCAAAGCCGUAUCGGAAUUCUCCAAUUCCGCAGCGUCUGCUCCUCAUGGCAUUCCUCUCUCCCUCCUUCCCAGCAAUUUCCCCUCCUCCUUUCCCCCUCAAGUUCUCCUCCCCCGGCGAAGACUCUCCCGGAAACCAUGCUUCAUUGUUCCAAUCAACAAUCUACCGCAUGGAGUCAUGCAUUGACGAGGAUAACUGCGGUUCUUCACCAUCAAACCUUUGUUCGAAGCCAUGGUUGGUGAAGUUUGAGGAGGACCCCAGUUCUGAGCUACACAAGUCGUAUGGACUUAAAUUUGCCGAGAACAAUGUUACUAUUAAUUCUGUGCACAAAUUGGUAGUCCUCCCUCGUAACAAUUUGGACUUUGGUGAUGUUUGUGCUGUUUUUAUGAUUUAUAAUGAAGGCAAGCUGGGUUUUAUGAGAUUUGGAGAUGAUAAGUUGACCCAUGUGGAUGAGGAAAACUCCUACUAUGAUGAUAUUAUUGUGUACAAGGGUCAAUGCUAUGUGGUUGAUAAGUGGGGAACGAUUUCCUCUAUCAAUUCAGCUCUGGAGGUGAUCCAGUUUUCGCCGCUAUUGUCGUGUGGAUUUGGUGGGCAGAAGCAUUUGGUUGAGUCGUGUGGUGAUCUUUAUGUGGUCGAUCAGUACUAUGAGAGGAAGCUGGAUCAAGAAUGGAGCAAAUGGGACAAUGUGAAAAACUUGGGUGAUCAUGUGUUUCUUCUGAGCAAAGAUGGGUCUUUCUCUGUCUCCACCAGAGAGUUUGAUGGAGUGAAGGGAAAUUGCAUCUUCUUCAUUGAACGAGUGUCGCCUACUGUAAGAGCAAGGUAUCACAGUCGUGUGUUCGAUUUCUCGGAUGGUCGAGCCACCGCCAACUUGGCUCAGCCCUGA